GUAUCAUCGAAGGGAUCUUAGAUUAGCUGAACUGAACGUCGCCGAAGUUUGUUGUGUGUACCUGGAACGAAGGCUCAGCAUGCUUCCAGAUAAGGACGGUCCAAGUGAUCUUACAGGUGGUGGGAUCCAAAGCAACUCGAGAGAGGAUCCUGCUGUGUCCCUGUUUCGGGAAUACUUACGUCUUAAAACGGUGCACCCAGAACCUGACUAUGAUGCUGCUUUAAGGUUUCUUGACAGGAUGGCAGUGGAGUUAGGCCUACCCAUGCAGAAAGUUGAGGUGUGUCCCGGUAAAGUUGUAGCUAUUAUGACAUGGGAGGGCACUAAUCCUUCUCUGAAGUCAAUCCUGCUUAAUUCUCAUACAGAUGUUGUCCCUGUCUAUCAGGAACAUUGGAAAUAUGAUGCAUUUGCAGCUGUGAAAGAUGGUGAAGGAAACAUCUAUGGGAGGGGAACCCAGGAUAUGAAAUGUGUCACUAUACAGUACAUUGAAGCAGUUCGUAGACUGCAAGCAGCAGGGAAGAGGUUUGCUCGUACCAUUCACCUGAUGUUUGUACCAGAUGAAGAGAUUGGGGGGCAUGAAGGAAUGGAGACAUUUGUGAAACACCCAAAGUUUCUAAAUUUGAACAUUGGCUUUGCUCUGGAUGAAGGCUUGGCCAAUCCCGCAGAGGCCUUCACUGUGUUCUACGGGGAGAGAAGUCCUUGGUGGAUUACUGUUCACUGUCCAGGAAGCCCUGGUCAUGGCUCCAGAUUUGUGGAAAACACUGCCGCAGAGAAGUUGCGCAGGGUGAUCAACUCAUUUCUGGACUUCAGAGAAAAAGAGAAACAUCGGUUAAGCACCACAGAAUGUUUUACACUGGGCGAUGUUACCACUGUCAACAUGACCAUGGUGAAAGGAGGAGUGGCUUACAACGUGAUCCCUUGUGAGAUGGAUGUCAGCUUUGACAUGCGCAUUCCACCCACAGUUAACCUGCAGGAAUUUGAAGAGCAGAUUAAAAGGUGGUGUAAAGAGGCUGGUGAAGGCAUAACGUAUAAAUUUGCACAGAAAAACAUGAACCAGAGCACCACAUCCACCGAAGAGAGCGAUCCUUGGUGGAAUGCCUUCAGUUCUGCAUGUAAAGCCAUGAAUAUGACUUUGAACAAGGAGAUUUUUCCAGCUGCUACAGACAGUCGCUUUAUCAGAGCGAUUGGCCUCCCAGCCAUUGGAUUCUCCCCAAUGAACCGGACGCCAAUCCUACUACACGACCACAAUGAGUACCUUAAUGAGCAAGUGUUCCUGAGGGGUAUCCAGGUGUAUGAAAGACUGGUUCCAGCACUGGCCAGUGUGCCUCCUCUCCCUGGCGAAGUCUAAACUAUAAUCUUCUGCCCUUUCAUAACAACCCCACCCCCCCCUUUUUUUUUCCUCACAAGCACUUUUAUUCUCACUCUGUUUCUCUCUCAAGUUAAACCUGUUUUUCUUUUUUCAAUCACUCUCUACACCUUCGUUGAUUAUUUAAUUUUAAUCAGACUGUUUUCUUUUCUCAGAAUAUCUUCAUGUCUUUUUCAUUCUCCCUGUCUCUUAUGCUCUACCUUAACCAUUAUGGUGACUGUUGCACAGCCUGCACUAUUCACAUGAAUAUUUUGGCAACACCAAAGAAUAGAAUCAAACCAACUGUGAAGAACUGACAACUUCUUCUUUUGCUUUUACAAUAACUCAGGAUUCAUUUUCACAAUAACAUCCUCACAAUGUUUCAAGUCCUCAGUCUUAUGUUCCAGAUUUUAACGUGGGCAGUUUUAAAGUCUGUUUUUAAAUAUGAAUGGAUAAUCGUUCAUCAAUAUCUUUUGAAUUCUAGUUUGCUCUAAGAUCUCACUACAUUAGAGAUAUAUAAGAUUACUUACAGUAUGCUUCUCCAGAUUGUGCAUCUAAAGAAAAACUGAAUCUGUGUUGGAUAUACAAGUUUGGUGUGUUAUACUUGCAUAGUAUACAGUUCAUUAGAAGUUGUUGAAGUGGAAAUCCAUUUGCAAAUCAAACCUGGCCUUUGAGGAUUGAUCAUUUACACCUAUGUAUGAUUUCUGCAUAUGUUGUGAUUGGCUCAAGUUUGAUUUUUUUUUUUAUGGGAACUCUGUAAUACUGUAUGUUAAUUUAUAAUUUUUUCCCUAGGACUGAAUUGUAUACACCGUUGUAACCAAUUAAAUGAUUUUACCAGAAUUGA